AUGCGCUCCUUCAUUGUUAUGGCCAUCGUGGCACUGUUCGCUCUUGCUUCCGCCAUGCCAAUUUCACCAUCAGCACCACGUCUUCAGAAACGAGCUGAGCAAUUCCGGCUGCAAGGACUAAGGGAGUUUGAGAUCGCCGAGAAGCUAUCAUCCUCUGCAUCAUCUGAAGUCGACCCGUGGCGCGUUCGAUUGAACAACAAAUUCCACGCUCUCUUCGAUCCCACAUCAACAGACGAUGAGGAAGACGCCUUUGUUGACGAGUCUGAAGACUUCUCUGGCGACGUAGCACCAGGAUCCUUGGAAUCACCGCAAACUCUUCCCAAGGCUUCAGAGGAAGACAGCUUCUUUGACAAGCUAUGUGCAAUGUUCCACCGAGCGGAAAGCAGCUUCGGAUACGAAGGCAAGGAGCUUGAGAUGCGUCGGCCUGAGGGCAUCAGGGACUGGAAGCGAUCAUAUGGAGGGUUCCGACGACGAUAG